UUUUUCCAACUAAUUCUCCAACUCCUUGUACUUGUCUCUCUCUUGCUUUCCCUUGCAUUCAACAGAAAACAGUCUUUCUCCCCCCUUUCUUUUGGCCUCAAAACUCCAUAAAGGUAGCAUUCUUUCUUUUGUAGGAGCCCUUUGAGAGGGCGCGCACCUGCAAGUGCGCGCACCAGAAACUUUUUUUAAAAAAAUAAGCCAACUCUCUUCUCUAUGCAAUCAUGGCGCAAGCUACACAGAAAAACUACAAAAACAAAAACCAGAAGAAAAAUAAACAUUUCCUCCUCCUUCUUAUCAUGUCCUGUUUAGCAUUUGUGGCAACCCCAUCAGAGGGAAAAUUAUCCGAGGCUGAGGUUCUGCUCAAGUUUCGUGAAUCUUUGAAGUUCGAUGGCAACCCCUUCUCGACAUGGGAUGUCAAUGUACCACCCUGCACUGAAGAGAACAAUAAGCCCAAAUGGAAGAACCUUUUUUGUGAAAAAGGGAUGGUUUUUGGUUUGAAUCUUGAAAACCUUGGCCUAAGUGGUACCAUUGAUUUGGAGGUACUUAAGGAGCUGCCUCAUUUUAGAACCAUAAGUGUUUUAAAAAAUAAAUUUGAAGGAUCUUUGCCACCUUUAAAUAAACUGCCUACAUUAAAGACUGCUUAUUUCUCAAAUAACAAGUUCUCUGGGCCAAUUGAUGGAAAGAUUUUUGAAGGGAUGCAUUCAUUAAAGAAACUUCACCUAGCAAAUAAUGAAUUUACAGGACCACUCCCUCCCAUAUUCGGUGAAAUACCAAAUCUAAGGGAGUUGAAUAUUCAAAAUAAUAAGUUCGAGGGUCCAAUUCCUCCUUCCUAUGCACAUCUAUAUAUGCCUGUUUAUGAUGGCAACGAAGGUCUUUGUGGUCCACCUUUAUCAAAACAAUGCAAUCAGGAGGUACAAAAAAAGCAAAUAUUGUCGUCGUCGUCAUCAUCAUCUGGUUGGAAGAUUGCCCUUAUCGUAGUUGUAGUUGUUGCAGUUAUAUGCAUUAUUGCCGUUAUAGUCAUCAGCCGUCGCAAGAAAAAUACCCAACAGGAAGUAGUACUAGGGGGAGCAUCAUCAGACGUCCCACCGGCCAGUCAGGACCAAAAAUUAAUUCCUCCAUCUGACCAUCUAAACAAAAUGGAACAAGGACAUUCUGCUGCAUCUACUCCUGAUCGCUUGUCUACCGAUGGCAAGAGAGCAGAAGUGGCUGGACAAAAACUUCUCUUCUUGAAGGAUGAAAUUGAGAAAUUUGACUUGCCUGAUUUGUUGAAAGCCUCUGCUGAAGUUUUGGGAAGUGGGGUCUUUGGUUCAACUUACAAAGCUGCACUUAGCACUGGUCCUGUCAUGGUUGUAAAAAGGUUCAGGCAUAUGAACAAAGUCGGCAAAGAAGACUUCCAUGAGCAUAUGAGGAGGCUUGGCAGAUUGAGCCAUAAGAAUUUGCUUCCUGUUCUCGCUUUCUAUUAUAGGAAGGAGGAAAAGCUUCUCGUCUUUGAGUAUGUCAACAAUGUCAGCCUUGCCGUUUAUCUUCAUGGAAAUAGCAAAUCACGUGGUGACCAAAGCUUGGAUUGGCCAACUCGUUUGAAAAUUGUGAAAGGAGUAAGCAAAGGGAUAUUGUACCUGUAUAAUGAGCUACCAAGCUUGACAGCACCUCAUGGUCACCUCAAGUCCUCAAAUGUUCUUCUAACUGAAACCUUCGAGGCAGUUCUCACAGACUACGCCUUACUACCAGUGGUGAAUGCUGAGCAUGCUCAUGAAAACAUGAUAUCAUACAAAGCACCAGAGGUGAAGCAAUUUGGUAAAAUCAAUAGGAAAACUGAUGUUUGGACACUUGGUAUGUUAAUCUUAGAGAUCUUGACUGGAAAAUUCCCUUCCAAUCUUUUGGGAAAAGGAGCUCAAGACACUGAUGAUUUAGCGACGUGGGUGAACUUUGUUCUUGGAGAAAAAUCAUUAGAAGCGGAGGUGUUUGAUAAAGACAUGCAAGGAACAAAAGAUUGUGAGAGUGAAAUGAUGAAGCUUUUGAAGAUUGGGCUAAAUUGUUGUGAGGUUGAUGUUGAGAAAAGAUGGGAUAUAAAAGAAGUAGUGGAGAGGAUUGAGGAAGUAAAAGAGAAAGGUGAUUUCUGCUCUACUGUUAUUGCUGCUGCAACUAUUGAAGCUGACAAUAUGCAUACUUCAAGAUAAAAUUCAAACAUUUCAAGUGUUUUAGGGGUUUUUGAUCAGCUCAUCUUAAUAUGACAAGUUUUGAUUUUCUUUGAUGCAUACUUAAUGACUACUUGGGUAUAUAUAUGGGUUUUUUUUUCAUGGUAGAAAUAAAUUGAACCACCCUGUGGGGCCACAACAAAAAAAAUAGAGAAAAAAAGAAAAUAAGAGAAUAGAAAAUGAAAAUACUUAAUUUUUGUUUGAAUGUAAAUUUGUCCUUUAUAAAUCUAUAGUCUAGGUGUGUUUCUUUUCA